GUGUUGUGGUAAUCUGCUGGACUAUUGACCGGACGUGACGCGCGGAUAUCCAGACCGCUGUCGUCUGCGGCGAGCGACCAAGGGGAGGCGAUCAAUACAGAGUUGUAUCGGGACAGAGCCGGGGAGGCAUGGGGUCGGGCAGAUGUGCCCUGGUGGUAUAGGUGCCCAUGUGAUUGGAUUUGUUUCUUACAUCAGUGGCGCAGUUAGAAGGAGUUAUCGGACUUAGUCGUAGGCCUAGAUGACGUAGCCACGAUGGUGCUGGUGCUAUACCCACGGGAGCGAGCCCACAAGCCCCUGUCCCACCGGAAGUGGAACAACCUGGCUCUCGCCCUCGUCUGCGCCACCUGCGUGUUCAUUCUCAUCCCGAAGGGGAACUUCUAUGACGUCACAUUCCACGUACGUCACAUCACCUCCAUCACCAUGACGUCAGAUUUGAGCGCGGAUGACCUCCGCCUAAAACAGUUCAAUUCUUUGACCUUUGAACCUGAACAAUUGGAUUAUAAUUUAGAGAACCCGUCAAAGUUUGAUUUCUCCCGCGGCCAAUCGAAAAUUAUCGACGAGCUACUGGGCCGAAAGGAAGAAGGUUUCUUCCUUGACCUUGGUGCCGGUGACGGAGAGACCAACUCUGUCAGUCUGUUCUUUGAGCGCCAUCGUCACUGGAACGGCGUCCUGCUAGAGGGGGACGAGGACACGUUCAGACGUCUGCUGGCCAAGAACAGGCGCGCCAUCUGCUGGAACUUUCGGCUGAGGUUCGACUCGGGGCCCGACCCCCCACAAGACCUCGAAGUUUACCCCAGGGAUGUUUUCCGAUUAAUCAAUCGCACCUUCAUCGAUCUCCUGGUAAUAAAUUUAAGAGAACACGAACUGCAUAUCCUCCAAUCGAUUGAUUUCGAUCGAUACACGAUCGAUGUGAUAUCGGUGGAGCUGGAGACCAGUCGCAGCCGGGAGGAGUAUCCGCAGCUGGUCAGCUUUCUAGCCGGUCACGGCUACGGCGUGGUGCACUUGUUGAUUGAUACGGCGGCCGGCAAAAAGGAUGUGGUGUUUAGAAAGGCUUAGU